AACAAGAAAUUAAAACAAUGGCAUUUUCGCGCAUAAUUUCCAUUUUUUCAUUACUUUUAGUCUUGCUGUCAUCUUCAAAAACAGCAACAGCUUCCAUCUCCAGGUCUAAAAGGCCAACUUCAAGUUUGUUUGAAGAAAAAUUUAUCCAAUGCUUUAAUGCCAAUUCCGAGAUUCCCAUUCCCCUCUCCACCGCUUUCUUUACCCCAAACAAUUCUUCAUUUUCUUCUGUCCUGCAAUCCACAGCACAAAACCUCAGGUACUUGGUACCUUCAAUGCCGAAGCCUCACUUUAUCAUCACACCAUUGUAUGAAUCCCAUGUGCAAGCUGCUGUCAUUUGUUCCAAGGAGCUUGGAAUUCACCUCAGAGUCCGCAGUGGAGGCCAUGACUACGAAGGACUCUCCUAUGUAUCCGGAAUUGAAUCACCUUUCAUUAUUGUUGACCUUUCCAGGCUGCGUUCAAUCAAAGUUGACAUCGAGGACAACAGUGCUUGGAUUGAAGCUGGUGCCACUAUUGGUGAAGUUUAUUAUAGAAUUGCUGAAAAAAGCAAGACUCAUGGCUUCCCUGCAGGUCUUUGCACUAGCCUAGGCAUUGGUGGGCAUAUCACAGGAGGUGCAUAUGGUUCCAUGAUGAGAAAAUAUGGCCUUGGUGCUGAUAAUGUCAUUGAUGCUCGAAUUGUCGAUGUUAAUGGAAGAGUUCUUGACCGAGAAGCCAUGGGAGAAGAUCUUUUCUGGGCAAUUAGAGGAGGUGGAGGUGCAAGCUUUGGCAUUAUCCUUCAAUGGAAGAUAAAGCUGGUUCCAGUCCCAGUUACUGUGACAGUUUUCACUGUCACCAAGUCUCUAGAACAGGAUGCUACAAAGACCCUUUAUAGAUGGCAAAAGGUUGCAGACAAGAUUGAUGAGGAUCUUUUCAUUAGAGUCAUCAUUCAAGUGGCAAACGCUGGAAAAAAGGUUGAGAAAACAGUGACAACAUCCUACAAUGCUCUGUUUCUUGGUGAUGCUGAAAGGCUCCUCCAAGUAAUGGAACAAAGCUUCCCUGAAUUGGGUUUGACACGAAAAGACUGUACUGAAACUAGCUGGAUCAAGUCCGUGCUUUACAUUGCAGGGUACCCGAGUAACACACCUCCUGAGAUUCUACUUCAGGGUAAGUCUUCUUUCAAGAACUAUUUUAAAGCCAAAUCAGACUUUGUGAAAGAAGCUAUACCAGAAACAGCGCUGGAGGGGCUGUGGGAAAGACUACUUCAGGAAGACAGUCCACUGAUGAUUUGGAAUCCUUAUGGUGGAAUGAUGAGCAAGAUUUCUGAAUCCGAAAUUCCUUUUCCUCACCGAAAAGGUACCAAAUUCAAAAUCCAGUACUUAACUCUAUGGCAAGAUGGGGAUAACAAUGCAACGAAGCAUAUCGAUUGGAUUCGAAGGCUAUACAGUUACAUGGCCCCUUACGUUUCAAUGUUUCCAAGAGCCGCAUACGUGAAUUACAGGGACCUUGAUUUGGGCUUGAACAAGAAUAUCAACACAAGUUUCAUCGAGGCCAGCGGUUGGGGAGUCAGAUACUUCAAGGAUAACUUCAACAGAUUGGUGAAGGUGAAAACCAAAGUUGACCCUGAUAACUUCUUCAGGCAUGAGCAGAGCAUUCCACCUCUUCCGGUUGAAGCUGGAUUUUAGACAAAUUAAUUAAUUAAUACCAGAUAGCUUGUUUUCACUUUUAUCCUUAAAUAUUUCUACUCCAAUAUUGAUUUGCUUUUGUCGGAUAUAUAAUGAUAUAUAUAAUACAUACAUGCAUACAUACAUAUAUCUAUAUAUAUAUAUAUAUAUAUGUAUCGUCUUUAAGGCUUGUAGCUACACUAGAACUGUGAAGUCUUGUCUUUUCAAUUUAAAAUUGUUUCCAUGUUGUCUUGG